AUGAAUAAUAAACCGAAGUAUGAUCCAGAAUUUCUCAAAGAAAUGAUCAUGGACGCUAUAGGGAACAUACAAGACCCAGAACUCCCAAACACCCUUGAAGACUUAGAUAUUGUUGCAGAAGAUCGCAUUGAAGUUAAAGCUACUGAUAGCAACUAUCAUGCAACAAUUGUCUGAAUUCCAACAAAAAGCACAUGUUCUUAUGCAAACAAUAUUGCCCUGUGCAUGAGAUACAAGCUUCAGGAGGAAUACCCAGACAUAAACUUAAAAUUAGACAUCAUCUUAAAAGAAGGCUCUCAUGUGACAAAGAUGGAAAGUAAUAUUAAUAUAGUUGACAAGCAGGUGAACGAUAAAGAAAGAAUUGCUGCAGCUUUGGAAAACCCUGAUGUUCUUCAAAUGAUUAAAAAGUCAACAGGAAGUAUAUAUGAACACUAG